AUGAUAACUACGCCUAAUUGCAUUGAAUCCAAAGUUUAUGAAGUAUAAAAUAGCACUCAAACACUAAAAUCAGAACAAGAGGAAUUCAAAUAAAUUUUACUAAAAUUGUGGAUUUAGACAUCGAAAUCCUUUAAUGAAGACUUUGAAGAAAUCCUGUAACUUGCUAUUAAUUCAGAUAUCUAAGACGUCGUGAAUUCUAUACUUAUUAUUGAGGAGGCAAGACUAGAGCAAAUUAAAGUAUAAAAUUAUUUUAUAUUUUUAAGAGCGAUAGAUAAUACAUUUAACUUCUUAAAGAUGAAAUCCAAGCAUUGAAAUAAUAGACAAUCAAAAUUCUGUAAAUGAUGAAUUAAGAGAGACGCAAUAACAAUACAGACAAUUAAGUGAGUUAGUAAUUCAAUUAAAAUAAUCAAAUGAAGAAAAAGAGCAUUAAAUUUUGGAAUAGACUAAACUUAACUAAUAACUAUAGAUUGAACUCAAUCUAUUGACAUCUUAAAUAACUAACUUAUCAUUAACUUUGGUUAACUCUAAAGGAGAAAAAAUAUAGUUUAUGGAAUCAUCUUAAAAAGAAAUUAAAAAAUUGAUGGAGAAAGAUCUACAACAAACCAAAAUGAUCUAAGCUCUUUAGAUCCAAAUAAUUGAAUUGGAUGCUAUAGUUAAAUAGACGAGUCAAAGAAACUCAGUUGAAUCUUCGAAUCAUUAGAUCUCUCAAACUUAACGAGACGAAGAUCAAGCCAGACUACUAAAUUGUUCACCAAGUACGAUUUCAACAUAAUUUAAGGAACAACUCACAUUGAUUUUUCGAAAAUAGUUUUAUAAAGUCUCCUAAACAAAAAGACCGAGAUGGUUUCAGGAUAAUCGCUUUCCUAAAUUCCAUACAGAUUUGGAAAAUGA